UAUCUGUCAAAAUUUAGGUCUCAAUUGAUUUAAUUACUUAUAUGUUAUUUAUUAAUAUUAUAUCAAGUCUUAAGUAAUGGCAUAUUUCCACUAUCGAUGUGGAGAAAGAAUUACUUUGUUGAAUGAUAAUUGUACUGCAGUCAGAAAUGAUUCUGAGUUCGAUCAUGGACUUGUAAUUACCGCUGAACCCCUUGUAAACGAUGUACUGUUUGAAAUAGUUAUUGAUAGAAAGGUAAACUCUUGGUCUGGUAGUGUAGAGAUUGGUGUUGUAAAUAUAGAUCCAUUACACUUCGACUUUCCCCCAUGCGCUUCAAGAAUUCAGUCUGGUUCUUGGAUACUCUCAGGAACUUCUGUCUUUAAAAACGGAAACUGUUUGGUGGAGAACUACGGUCCCGAUUUGGAUAAAAUUAAUCAAAAUGAUAGGAUUGGAUUGGUAAGAACAUCCGAGGGUGACCUAAUAUUUUACAUUAAUGGCGAAUCUCAAGGAGUAGCUGUUGAAGGUUUACCUAAUUCUGUGUAUGCUAUCGUUGAUUUGUAUGGGAAAUGUGUUCAAGUCAGUAUUACCAGCCCUGCUAUUCGCGAACAUAACAAUGAUGAUUGUCUAAGUGGUAGUUCAGUUUUAGCAAUUGAAAAUGAUAUACUAAAUGUCACCUUAGGUGGUGACUUGAGCGAAUUAAGUCUAAGUAGCAGCAAUAGUUUAGAUAUUAGAAUGGACGUGAAUGUAAGUCUAAAUUUGCCAGAUGAAUCUAGCAGGCAAGACAGAUUACGUUUUCACGAGAGAUGCGGGACUUUGGUGAAAUUGUCAAACGGUAAUCGAACUGCAGAAAGGCGAAGGCCGCUGGACGAAUUUAACAAUGGUGUUGUUAUGACCCAUAGAGCACUAAGAGAUUUCGAACUAUUUGAAAUAAGGAUUGAUCGCCUGGUCGACAAAUGGAGUGGGAGCAUUGAAAUGGGUAUAACGACCCACAACCCAAACAAUUUAGUUUUCCCAGCUACAAUGACAAAUAUGCGCAGUGGCACUAUUAUGAUGUCAGGCUGUGGGAUACUCACCAAUGGGAAGGGCACCAGAAGGGAAUAUGGCAGUUUUAAUUUGGAUGAACUAAGCGAGGGUGAUAGAGUGGGCAUGAUGCGGAAAUCUGAUGGAAAUUUGCAUUAUUUUAUAAAUGGUCUUGAUCAGGGUGUAGCAGCUCAGAGAGUGCCAUCUACUGUGUGGGGUGUUAUUGACCUUUAUGGGAUGACUAUUAAGGUGUCAAUAGUCGAAAGAGACGAAAGGGAAGAACAGAAUUUAAUGACAAGAAAGAAUACUCGGGAUCAGCAUUCUGUUGUUCUCGACUCUCAAUCAUUAUCUGAUUAUUACGAUAGACUGACCUUUCAUCCAAACUGUGGUACUCACGCGGAAGUUAUUAAUAACGGAAGAACGGCACAUCGGCCAAAUGCCACAGAUGAUUUUAACAAUGGAGUUGUGCUUACGGCGCGACCACUGAAAACUGGCGAGUUUUUUGAAGUGAGACUGGACAAGGUGGUGACAAAAUGGGCGGGCUCUAUUGAAAUUGGUGUUACAACUCAUAGUCCCACAGAUUUGGAGUUUCCUUUUACUAUGACAAAUGUUCGAUCUGGAACUUGGAUGAUGACAGGAAGCGGCAUAAUGCAUAAUGGAACUAUUAUCGAAGAACAAUAUGGAGUAAAUUUGGAUAGGUUACAGGUUGGAGAUAGGGUUGGAUUGGUACGAAAGGAAAACGGACAACUUCAUUUCUUUGUCAAUGGCAUAGAUCAGGGUACGGCUAGCAAUAACGUUCCCGAAAGAGUUUACGGAGUUGUUGAUUUGUAUGGACAAGCUGUUGGGGUAACUAUUAUAGAUAUGUAUGAGUGCAUCUCACCUGACGCUGCUAAUUCUUGUUUGUCAAAUAGUACCUUGUAUAGCGAUUUAAAGUUCCAUCAUAUUCACGGAAAGAACAUAAGAAUCGUUAACAACGGCUUAACGGCUUUGAGGCCAAGACCAUUGGCGGAAUUCAAUGAUGCUAUCGUUUUUUCGAAUAGACCAUUGAAAGAAGGUGAAUUGUUUGAAGUAAUUUUGGACACAGUCGUCGAUCGAUGGUCUGGAAGUAUAGAAUUAGGCGUCACUGCUGUGAGGCCUGACGAAAUUGAGUUACCUAGUACUGCCACAGAUCUCAACAAGGAUACCUGGAUGCUAAGCGGGUCUUCAAUAAUGAUUAACGGAAAGACCAUCAGGAACAACUAUCCCUGCGAUCUGGAUACAUUGUCGUCCGGUAUUAGACUAGGAGUAAUGAGAACGUCCGAUAAAACAUUGGAGUUCUUCAAAAAUGGAGUUUCGCAAGGAGGCGCAUGCGUUGUGCCCCACACUAACAUAUAUGCCGUGGUGGAUUUGUACGGCCAGUGCGCUCAAGUCAGUAUACCCUGUGCGACUUUGGUCGCACCAACGGCACCGUGUACUGUUGGUAGUUGUUUAAGAUCGGACAGCUCUACAUUACAAACGACGAAUAUUCUAAACACGAACUUGGAAAUUGAUUUGCACAAGUUUUCGGAGUAUUAUGGCAAGGGCGUUUCUCUUAGCGAUAAUAGGCGAACCGCGUCCCGUUGUCGGGAAUAUAACAGCAGCAUCGUCUUCAGUAGUCUCCCUUUGAUAAAAGAUGAACUAUUUGAAGUGGCCAUCACUGGAUUAUGGCAGUACAUGGCCGGUACAUUGGCUGUGGGAAUAACCGAAACUUCGCCAUACUCUGAUUGUGUUGGAAUGCCAGCAGAUUCGUGUUUUUUAUCUGGAAACGAAAUGGUUUACAAACAGCAGUGUAUCCAGUUUUUUAGACCAAGCUUGAACUGGCUCGCUUAUAGUGAUAGGGUUGGGAUAUUGUUCACCCAGGAUGACAAUAUAAAGAUUUUUAUAAACGGCGAAGAACUUUUGUUGGAUUUUCCGACAAUGGGUGAUAACGUUUGGGCCGUUUUCGAAAUGCGGGGGCAGUGCAAUGAAAUUACUGUUACCAGUCAUAAAAUGCCACCCUCCUCGUCAUUGAGCAGUGCGAGAUUACAAGAUAGCCUUGAAAUUAUUCUUGAUAAAGAACAGGCGCCCUCUGAAUUGGACGAGUGCAAUAAUAUUGGUUUCGAAGAAACUAAUCAGAACAAUGUUGGUCAUCUCGGUGGAAUAGAGAAUAAUAUGAGGCAAGCAAUGUUGAGCAUAAAAGAUGAAAAAGAUAGUGAAAACAUAACAAUCGUUCAGCAGUGUUCGCGGCAUUCAAGGUUAGAGAAAGGAAUAGCAAUGACUGUAACACGCAGUAUGGUGCGACAUUUGAAAGAGCUUCAUGACAAAUACAACUUUAACAUGAAAGCUACAACAUAUACUUCAAACACAUUAUUGUGUAUAACAGCCAUUAGCUGAAUUAAAUUUUCCAUAUUAUAAGGAUAAUUAUACAUUAUUGAAUUUGAUUUUUUGUCUACAGAAAUUACUGUCCACCUUUUUUGUUUGUCCUGUCAUUCAAAUAAAAUAAACAAGGCAAAAAAAAGUUUUGCCAUUUUAAGGCACUUGUAAAGUAAAUGGGAGAACUGCAAACAAACUACGGCUCCAGCAAAAUCUCUAACAAAUCCCGUAUCAACAAUAACAAUCUAGCAAGUGAGAUUUCAUUAAUACGAAAAUAGACUUUAGAAUUUUUAUGCAGUUAGACGGGAUAACGGCAUGAACCGCGUGAACUGCGCAUGGCUGUUGGCACUUACCUCAUUAGGUCGAAAUAUACACUACAAUUUCAAUACUAGUUUUGAAAACUAUUUACACACUAAUUGUUCUCUACCCUAUUGCACUGGCGAGCAAAAAAUUUAGGUCACUCGAAGAAAUUUUAAAUCAUUUGGAAAAAAAACUUUGACCACCGAAUCGUCCGUCUAGUGGGCAGUGAAUUACUUGCUUUCCGAGAAAUGCGGAUGGAGAUAUUUGUGAUCAAUGAGUUAGUGUCAGCGUAGUUUCUAAUUAGUCUAAUUAAAAAUUUGUGCGUUUGGUACUUUCUAGUUUAUUGUUCGUUUAUAUCCAUAAAACAUGGUUGUUUGGUGUAUUUUAGAUCUGAGUUGUAUUUAACUGGUCAUAAUGUCUUUCUAUGCUAUUGUUGCGGCUAGAAUUGUAGCAUUAGAAUUAAUUUAGUCGAGGAAAAUGGAAAACUGCAAGAAUUAUUGGUAGGGGUCUAUAGCCUGUACAAAAUACCACCAACGCUUCGAGGAGGCUAGCUUGAUCACUAGAAGACCAAGAUCUGGUCAAAGAAUGAUCACCAAUUAAAAGGAUGAUCGAUUUUUAGUGUCCGCAAGUUUGCGGAAUAGGACACUUCAACUUCAAGAGGUUAGAAAUGUUUAUAUUAUCGGAUGGACUGUUAAAAGACUGUGCUAAUGGAUUAUCUUGUCAAAGGAUGGCUACUGGGCCACCAUUGCACCAAAGAUAUCGAAUAGCAACAUUAACUUUUGCCCGAAAUCAUUUAGACUGGCAUGAUUAUGAAUGGCGCAAUAUACUGUUUUCCCAGGAAGCCCGUUUUUGCCUCACUGGGUUCGAUGGACGUCGGAGAGUAUAGAGGGGAGACCGGGAGAAAGAUAUGCCCCAGGUUGUAUUGAUGUUGGUGGCUCGGUCAUGGUUUAUGCGAGAAUCAGUUCAGAAGCACGCACAAAGUUGGUCUUUAUACAGAAUGGCUGUCUGACAGCACGAUAAUGCUAGACCCCAUACUGUCAGAAUUGUCAGGCAAUAUCUGGACGGGGUGGGAAUGGGGCGAUGUGAUUGGCCAGGACUCAGUCCAGACAUGAAUCCCAUGGAACAUGUGUGGGAUGAGAUGGGACGACGUAUGCGAAGAGAUACACCAGCUCCAAGAAGUGCACAAGAGCUGAGAGAGUUGCUUUUGCAAGAAUGGAACAAUAACCAGAAGGUUAUCCGUAAUUUAAUUCAUUUCGAUUCGAUUGCGUGCAGUCAUAAACGCAAUUGGAGAGAAUACACGUUAUGAAUUUCCAGGUUUUCCCAAUAUUGUGAAUUGUUGCUGUUUUCUUUAGUUACAAAUAAAAAUUAAAUGGGCUUUGUUUAUAAUAGACAUUUUCUGUUUUCGGACA